UUGCCAUUCAGCAUUUCCAAGAUCAAACUUUCGGUCGAGUCACGUGAUACCGUGCGCUGCCGUGGCCCGCCGUCCCUCCGUCCGCCUCCGUCCGUUGGCAGCCAACACGUAUGGGCAUCACCCCCGCGUCGUCCGACUCGGCCUCUCGACCACCUCAGAAUCUUCCGCCGGGGAUGGUCAUUGGGCCAGAUGGAAAGCCCUGCAAGAUCUGCACAGCCUUCCGAAACUGGAAGCCCAAGGCAUCUACAGCAUCAAUGGCGGCACUCGCAACUGCAGCAAACCUCCGUUCAGACCAACGCUCGGACGGUCAGCCUGCCUAUUGCCCACCAGAUGUUGAGCAGCUCGGUCGUGCGACGUGGACGUUCCUGCACACUACUGCGGCAUACUACCCAGCCCGUCCGACUCCGCAGCAACGGGCAAAUAUGCUCAACCUUCUACAUUCGUUGCCCGUCUUAUAUCCGUGUUCACACUGUGCGUCCCACCUUGGUGAGACCAUGAGGACGAAUCCUCCUGAUGUGAGUGGACGAGUUGCCCUCAGUCGUUGGCUGUGCGAAAGGCAUAACGAGGUGAAUGAGAGACUGGGGAAAGAUAAAUUUGAUUGUGCCAAGGUGGAUGAAAGAUGGAAGGAUGGACCUCCUGAUGGUAGUUGCGACUAGCUACCCGUGAGUAUUUUCUCUCGUCGCCCGUACUUGGUGUUCUGGCUAGAUUACGCUGACCAGAGUGCAACCUCACGGGUAACACGUGCAUUAUUGCCCUUUCCUCUCCUUUCAGUAUUUCUUUAGGAAACACGUGAAUACGUACAAGUACGUAGUCAACAGUGUGUAGACCCAGGUUACGGUCGGACCGAUGGUCCGCUCGUCUCCGCUAGACGUCGGAAUCGAUAUUAGUAUUUGUCUAUGUUACUAGCGGUUCUAUGGCAUGUGGGGC